AAUAUCCAACUGCCAUGGCUCCGUAGUAUUCCUUCAACUUCGCAGCCGUCUAGCGAUCAUCGUCUCAUCACCAUCAGCUGUAGAAGAAUGCUUAAGCAAGAACAACAUCAUUUUCGCCAGCCACCCUCGAUUGAUGAUUGGCGAACACAUGAGCAACAACUGCGAAAGCCUCAUCUGGUCUCCCUACGGCCAUAACUAGAGAAACCUUAGACGAAUUGCGUCCAUCGAAAUAUUAUCAAAUUCCCGCCUCCAAAUGCUAUCGAGCAGAUGCAUCGAUGAAGUUAGAUUACUAAUGCAUAAUCUCUUAGCUCGAAAGCGAUACUAUGGCGAGAACGUAGCGGAUGCGGAAGAGGCGAGUAGAUUUCGAGCGCAUCGAGCUGAGAUGAGGAAGGUGAUUUCCGUAACUAGUAGUGGGGAUUUCUUGCCCUGGCUUAAAUCCAAAAGGCUAGAACAUAGGAUGAUUGAGUGUCAGCAAAACAGAGAGGAUUUCUUCUGGAAAUUGAUAGAUCAGAGUAGAAGAAGAAUGAUGGACCAACAAGACGAAGAGAGGAAGAAGACAAUGGUUGAGGUAUUGUUGUCACAACAAGAAUCGGAACCAGAGUGUUACACCAACGAUAUGAUUGCAAGCUUAAUGCUUACUUUCUCCUUGGGUCUUUUGUCUGCAGGAACAGAAACUUCGAUAAACACCAUGGAAUGGAUACUUUCGCUUUUGCGUAACCAUCCAGAAGUAAUGCAUAAGGCACGAAAAGAAAUUGAAACCAUUGUUGGUCUUGACCGCCUAAUAGAUGAACUUGAUGUGGCUAAUCUUCCUUAUCUUCGUAACAUCAUUGGUGAAUCAAUGUGGAUGGACCCCAAAGUUCCCCUACUGGUGCCUCAUGAAUCAACAAGCGAGUGCAGGGCGAGCCUGUCCUGGCGACAACUUAGCGUUGAGGAUUAUUGGUUAACUCACGGGUCUUUGAUUCAGUGCUUUGAAUGGAAGAGGAUUGGGGAGGAGAUGGUGGACAUGACGGAAGGUACAAGAUUCACCAUGAAUAAGGCUCCGCCGUUGCAAGCUAAAUGCCACCCAUGUGCUGCCCUGGUUAAGCUCCUUAACCAAAUUUGAAACUAUUUGCUCCCUGUAACCUUUACCAUUACUCUUGAAAUACUUCCACUUCAUUGUACAGUGCUGAUUUGCCUU